AUGGACAUCAGAGACGUCGACGACACAGACGCUGAAUCAAUCCAUGCCAUCUACGAUCACUAUGUCAAGAUAUCGGUAGCAACUUUGCAGGAAGACUUACCGACACUCGAGAGCAUACGCAACAAUAUCAAGAGACUCGAGUCAAUAAAUAUGCCCUUCGUGGUAGCAAUCGAUACAUCCAACGGCCAGGUGGCAGGUUACGCUUAUGGAGACAUCUUCAACGAACGAUCCGGGUACAAGCACACCGUCGAAGACUCGGUAUACAUCAACAAAGACUACACCGCACGGGGACUCGGCAAGGUGCUCUUGAAAGAAGUCUUCGCUAGACUGAAAGCAAUGGGGAAGAAAGUGGUUAUUGCCAAGAUGUCGAUUCUGCCGGACGUCCGACCGGAGGACAUGGCUACAUGCAGGCUGCAUGCAUCUUUGGGGGCCAGAGAGGUUGGACGAAUGCUGAAGGUUGGGUACAAACUUGGGGCGCUCGUUGAUGUAAUCAUUUACCAGCUUGAUUUGGAGGAGUAUGAGGCUUCGUGA